GUUAUUGUCAAUCGCUUGUUUACAAAGCUUCUAAUUAGUACGUUGAAUUGUCUGAGUCUCGAAUGUAAGCCAUCGCUUAGGGUAUUUAAGAAAGUGUACAAACGCAAAUCGUUUUCAGUUUAUUCAACAGCAGUGAUUUACGAGGUGUUUACUUGCAGCAGUUAAUAUACAUUCAGGGAGCUAUAAAAAAUGGGCAUCUUCAAACGAAAUACCAAAAUCGAUAUCGAUGUGCUCGAAAAGCGUUUGCACUGUGACGGAGUGUUGAAUUAUGAUUUGAGUACCGAGGAGAUCGAGCGCAGUCCGAUGCGUAACUACUUCAAAGGGAAAACUAUAUUGCUAACUGGCGGCACGGGGUUCCUCGGGCAACUACUGUUGGAGAAAUUGUUGAGGUGCGAGGUGCUAAUGAUUUAUUUGCUAGCGCGUACUAAAAAGAAUAAAUCCUCACAUGAGCGACUUAAUGACUUGUUUGAACAAACGCAAUUCGCUAAACUGCGUAGAGACUACCCCAACUACCGAGCUCACGUCAGCAUAAUCGAAGGAGAUAUGUCACUCAUUGGCUUGGGCAUAUCUGAUACACAUCGCGAGCUCUUGGCAGAGACAGUUGAGCUCGUUUUACAUGCCGCAGCCGAGGUGCGCUUCAAUGACAGUCUACAUAAAUUGGUCACAAUUAAUUUGCGUGGCACGCGACAAAUGUUGCAACUGGCGGAGAGUUUCAAGAAACUAGAAAUCUUUCACUACGUUUCAACCGCCUACAGCUACUGCAAGCCCAAUUGCCAAGUGGUUAAGGAAGAUUUUGGUGAGCCACCGCUUGAACCGGAUAUACUUAUCGCCUACGCGGAGAAGUGCAUUAACACAGAGACAGAUUUGGAUGUAUUUGACACGAUCACAGCACGCAUGAUUGGUGAGUGGCCGAACACAUACACAUUCUCGAAAUGUCUUUCGGAGGAACUGGUACGACGUAGCGCCGCAAAGUUUCCCACUUGCGUUUCGCGUCCCAGCAUUGUCAUAUCAACGAAUCGUGAACCAAUCGCCGGUUGGAUAAAUAAUGUGUACGGCAUUACGGGUGGCAUAUUCGCUUUAGCGGCGGGGCUAUCGCGUCUACUACCCAUCUAUCCACAUAAAAAUAUCGAUAUAGUUUGCGCUGAUUUUACUAUAAACGCCAUACUAGCUGCAACGUGGUCCUUGCAUCAGGAUGUGGUAGCUCAUAAAAACUUGAUCCUGGAAGGGAACUCGACUGUAGACGUUGCUGAAAGGUCACCAAAUGCGCCGAGUCCCAAAGUGUACGCUAUAGUGUCUUCCACCUAUAUACCAGUGCAGACUGUGGUGACUGAGACUUUGGCGCAUUAUCUAAAAAAUCCACUGGAACGUCACUUAUGGGUAUUGUGUCCGAAUUUAAUCGGCAAUAAGCUGCUCUUCAGAUAUCUUAGCAUUUACUACCACCUCAUCGGUACUUUGUGUCUGGACUUGGGUCUAAAAAUCUUGAGACGUAAAGAGCGAAUAUUGCCUUGGGUGCGCAAAACACAAGUCUUUCUCACUGCCGUCGCCUACUUCAUCCAAUACGAGUGGAUAUUCGAGAACGGUAAUAUGCGCGACGUCUGGGAUCGCAUGGAUCCCGUUGACCACAAAAUUUUCCUCUGUGACACGCGUCUUUUUGACUAUGGCAAAUGGUGUUACACCUACAUGCAAGGCAUGAAGCAUUUCAUAUGUGAUGAUCCCUUGGAGAAUCCACGUGCAGCGGUUGUGCGUUAUCGGCGCAUUCAAUUGGUGCAUGCGAUCUUCAAGUAUCUCUUCUAUGCCUCGCAGGUUUUGCUGACGUACGCAGUCAUCAAAGGGUUUGGUUUGGAUGGUGCGUUCAUGAGGUUAAUAAGCAUUAGAUGUGCUCUGGGAAAUACUAGUCCAACACAUAUAUAAAGUAAAUGAAACAAUGUUGGGACCUGAUAGCUCAAAAAGAGAAUUGUGAAUUGUGUUGUGUUGAAAAAAGUUCUCAUGAGACCUUGUUAGUUCAAAAAAUAGAAAAGUGUUGUACAUCUCGAAGCAUAUUGAUUUUGUAUCGAAUUUAAUUAAGUAGUUUAUCAUUUCAAAUAAUUUCAUGGUCAGCAGAGUUGUAGCUACGAUAAUUUACUCGUAAUUAAAACAUGAAAAUGUACUUAUCGCUAACCUUCCGCAAAGCCAAGCAACUCAUAUGCUGUAGUUCGUGGAGGUCCAUCAAUAUGUGCACAAUUUUUUUGCAACCCCAUUUCAAUCGACUGACAGGACUUAUAGCAUAAUUUCAAUCACAUGAAGGCUGCUUUUAUUUUCGUACAUAAUUUCUUGAUGC